UGGGGGGCGAGCGGCACAGAACGCGGUGAAGCCCGAGCUGUCGGAUUGUGUAGCUGUGUCCGCCGCCGGGGCCUGGCCAGCACUUACCUCCGAGCCCUGGCCCCGGGAAUGGAAACGCCUUUCUACCAUGAGGACAACCUGAGCUCAGCCCGCGCCAUGAAAAAGACCCUGAGCCUGCCCAUCGCCGGUAGCGGCCUGAAGAGCCAGCGAGAGGCCGAGGCCUCACUGCACUCCCCGGACCUCAGCUUCCUCAAGCUCGCCUCUCCCGACCUGGAGCGCCUCAUCAUCCAAUCGAGCGGCCUAGUGACCACCAGCCCCGGCCCAGCACCCGGUCUUUACUCGCGGCCUGUGACGGACGAACAGAACUCGUUCGCCGAAGGUUUUGUUAAAGCGCUGGAGGAUCUCCAUAAACAGAACCAGCUGAGCGGGCCUCAAGCCCCGGGCUCAGCUGAUGGUCCCGGCCCGGCUUCGCAGCCUCCUGGUCCGGCCGGCCCCGGCUUACAGCACUCGGAGCCUCCUGUCUACACCAACCUGAGCACCUACAGUGGCCCGGGACCUGAGGCCCCGGCUCUCGGACACAGCACUGAGGCCGCAGGCACCGCCUCGUACUCGGCCCUCGGGCAGCAGCUGUGCCCGCAGGCCCGGCUUCAGGCUCCCAAGGACGAGCCGCAGACGGUACCCGAUGUGUCGGGCCUGGGGGACAGCCCGCCGCUCUCUCCCAUCGACAUGGACACCCAGGAGCGCAUCAAGGCCGAGAGGAAGCGGCUACGGAACCGCAUCGCCGCCUCCAAGUGCCGCAAGAGGAAGCUGGAGCGGAUCUCCCGGCUGGAGGACAAGGUCAAGAGCCUCAAGUGUCAGAACUCGGAGCUAGCAUCUACCGCCAGCCUCCUGAGGGAACAGGUCGCUCAGCUCAAGCAGAAGGUGCUCACCCACGUCAACAGCGGCUGUCAACUGCUGCUCUCUCCCCAGGUGCAGGCUUAUUAGAUACUGGCCCUGGGCUCCAGUGCGGGACACCACCCGGUGCAGGGCAUGGCCCUGGGGCUCCAGUGCAGGACACCACCCAGUGCAGGGCAUGGCCCUGGGGCUCCAGUGCAGGACACCACCCAGUGC